UUUCUUGCGCUGGUGGCGGGAGGAGGGGGCAUGCAGUGUGCAGCUCUCACGUGUAGGCAAAACUAAAUCUUAACAGCAGACCUGAACGCUUAGAUGCCGAAUCCUCCCUAACACUCAGCCCCGGCGUGGAGUGGGUCCUCUGGUUUCUUCGCGGGUGGAAGGUAUCCCACGGUUUCGCAAUAUGGUUCACACAAGUUCUCCGCACACCUGCCCAAAUGGACCAGGACGGCGGUGCGCAGACACACGGGCGUCCGAUGGAGCCCUCCUGCGAGAUGUGAAGUAAACCUCCGCGCUGGGAGAACAGCUGGAACAUCUGCAGAAGCUGGUACUCUGGUCCGCGGCGCUCAGUUUGUUUGCAGCGGGCGUGCGUAAAUGUAGGACGCUGUUUGACACUUUUCCCCCCCUGCGCUCCGUUUUUAACCACCGAGAACAAAAGACAUUUACCUAAAAGAGGAAACUUACACGAAGAUUAAUGCAGCGCUGGAUUAAAGUCACUCUAAACAUCAUAAUCCCUACGGACACUACAGCUGAAACGGUGCCGGAUAAUCAGUGCAGUGAAGAAGAGAAAUUAAUGGACUAAAGUUCUGCUCUGACAAACUGAAAAAAAAAAAAAAGCCUUUCUUAUCCUCUCUUUCCAGAAAAGUUGUGCAUAAUGGCCCAAAAUCCCACUGGACACUGAACAGCUAUUUAUACAGAGGCGCCAUAACUGAAAUAGUUUUGACAUUAAUCAUGUAAUUCUGAUAUUUUUGCCUUCAAAGCACCGUCGAAACAGUCUAAUGCUUGGACCUUAAAGUCAGAUGACUUUCUGUGGACCUCACAACAACAACAAAAAAGAUAAAAGUGAAACAAGUAAACCUCUUCAUCUGUCAUCAUCAUCAUCUUCCUUCUUCAUUCGGCUCCUUUUUCACUGGGCUUUGUUUAAACAUGAGAAGCCCAUUUAUGACUCUGAUACAUUGCGAAUCCUGGCAGGAAAGCGUCUCAGCCUGCCGGUAGAGGAGAUGAAGCUGUGCACCUUUACCGAGGGGGAAAUGGAGAAUCUAGUUUGCGACUGGAGCUGGUAGACCGAACGGACCUUUGGUUAUGAACUAAAACCAUGGACAACCUCACAGUCAAUGCAACAACCCCACCUGGGAGCGAGGCCACACUCUUCAGCCUUCAGGUCUCGCUCUACGUGCUGCUGGCCGCCGUCACCCUGAUGACGGCGCUCUCCAACGCCUUCGUCGUAGCCACCAUCUUCCUCACCAGGAAGCUCCACACGCCUGCCAACUUCCUCAUAGGAUCCCUCGCCAUCACGGACCUGCUGGUGUCCAUCCUGGUCAUGCCGAUAAGCAUAGUGUACACCGUGUCGAAAACCUGGUCGCUGGGGCAGAUCGUCUGCGACAUCUGGCUCUCGUCCGACAUCACCUUCUGCACGGCGUCCAUCUUGCACCUGUGCGUCAUCGCCCUGGACCGCUACUGGGCCAUCACCGACGCCCUGGAGUACUCGAAGCACCGCACCAUGCGCAGGGCCGGGAUGAUGGUCGGGGUUGUCUGGGUGAUCUCUAUUUCUAUCUCCAUGCCUCCACUCUUCUGGCGGCAGGCCAAAGCACAGGGCGAGCUGAGAGAGUGCGUGGUGAACACAGAGAAGAUCUCUUACACCCUCUACUCCACCUUCGGUGCCUUCUACGUUCCCACGGUGCUGCUCGUCAUCCUCUACGGCCGGAUCUACGUCGCUGCACGCUCUCGCAUCUUCAAGACCCCGUCGUCCGGCAAGCGCUUCACCACGGCGCAGCUCAUCCAGACCUCUGCCGGCUCCUCGCUCUGUUCGCUCAAUUCCGCCUCCCACCAGGAAGCACACCUACACUCUGGCAGCGGCGGAGGCGGCGGCGGGGGCGGAGGCGGAUCGCCUGUGUUCAUGAACAGCGUGAAAGUGAAGCUGGCAGACAGCGUGCUGGAGAGGAAACGCCUGUGCGCGGCGCGGGAGAGGAAAGCCACCAAGACGCUGGGCAUCAUCCUCGGAGCGUUCAUCGUGUGCUGGCUGCCGUUCUUCGUCAGCACGCUCGUCAGCGCCAUAUGUACGACGUGCUGGUUCAGCCCCGUGCUCUUUGACCUCUUCACCUGGCUGGGCUACCUGAACUCGCUCAUUAACCCCGUCAUCUACACUGUGUUCAACGACGACUUCAAGCAGGCCUUCCAGAAGCUCAUGAAGUGCAGACGCAGCUUCUAGGGAGUACGCGGUUUAAGCCUAACCUGACAAA